AUGUACCCCGAGUCAAUGAGCCUGCACCUGACAGGCCGAAAAUACUACGAAAUUCUCAGCCGCGAACUGAACCACCCCAUCGACAGCGCCGAAUUUGCCGCCGCCCUGGACGCCCGGGACCCGUUACGACAUCUCCGGAGUCAGUUCCAUAUACCGCUGCGGAGGGAUUGUGUGCCGGAGGGGCAGACAGAGACUGAAGACCCGGAUGCGGAAGCGAUAUACCUAUGUGGGAACUCGUUGGGGUUGCAGCCGAAGCAUACGCGGAAGCUGGUGGAUGAGGAGUUGGAUGUGUGGGCUACCCUAGGCGUACAGGGCCACUUCCGCCACCCCGAGAACCGCGAGUGGGUCACGAUUGACGACCAUGUUGUUGAGGAGAGCGCCAAAGUCGUCGGCGCGAAACCAAGCGAAGUGGCCAUCAUGAACAGCCUGACCGUCAACCUCCACUUCCUCAUGGUCUCAUUCUACCGCCCCACGCAACAACGGUACAAGAUCCUGAUGGAGAGCAAAUCGUUCCCGUCCGACUACUACGCGAUCGAAUCCCAAGUCAAACACCACAACUUCCCCCCCUCCACCGCCAUCAUCCAGCUCUCCCCGCGCGAAGGGGAGCAUACCCUCCGCACGCAGGACAUUGUCGACGCGAUCGAACGCGAGGGCGAGAGCAUCGCGUUGGUGAUGUUUAGUGGCGUGCAGUAUUAUACGGGGCAGUUUUUUGACUUGCAUGCGAUCACGAGCGCCGCGAAGGCGAAGGGAUGUGUGGUUGGAUAUGACCUUGCGCACGCGGCGGGGAACGUGCCGUUGAAGUUGCAUGAUUGGGGUGUGGACUUUGCGUGUUGGUGCACGUACAAGUACCUCAACGCAGGACCCGGCGGUAUCGGCGGGGCCUUUGUGCACGAGCGCCACGCCAGAGCCGAUAUCCCAAGACUGGCGGGCUGGUGGGGCACGGACCCGGCGACGAAAUUCGACAUGUCGCACACGUUCGCCCCGAUCCCGUCCGCGCUCUCCUUCCGCGUCUCCAACCCCUCCGUCCUCGCCACCGUCUCCCUCCUCGGCUCCCUCCGCGUCUUCGCUCAAACCACCAUGGAGGACAUCCGCGCCAAAUCCGUCCUGCUGACCGGAUACCUCGAGGUCCUCCUCGACGCGCUGGACUCGGACAGGUUCACGCAGCUGACGCCCCGCGACCCCGCUGCACGCGGGUGUCAGCUGAGUCUGCUGUUCAGAGAGGAGGGCGUGAUGAUGAAGGUGUUUGAGGCGCUGUGCAGGCAGGCGGUGAUUGUGGACGAGCGCAAACCGGACGUGGUGAGGGUCAGCCCCGCGCCGUUGUAUAACACGUACGCGGAGGUGUGGAGGUUUGUGAGGGCUUUCAGGGGCGCGUUGGAGACGGUGAGCGUGGGCGGGGAUGCGGUGGAUGCGGAGGGGCAUGCGGAGAAGGGGUUUGUGACUUUGUAG